AUGGAGUGCGCCUGGGACACCGAGUUGCUGCGCCAGGGCGGCCAGCUCCCAGAAGGGUUGCUGCAGAUUAUUCAGAACGGCAGCAACGAGCAAUAUCUUGAAGCUCUCACGAAAAGUGCACUGGACGCUCGAUACACGUACAUCCUGUUGAUCCACUGCGAAAAUCUGCUUGCACACAUUUGCGCGUCCCUACGGACCCACGGAUCUUUGGCGUCCUCGAUUGCCACAUUAGGACGAAUAAUACCUUAUGCACCUUUCCUCUCCUCUCUGGCCACUCACAUGUUGGAACAGGAACGCUAUUCACUGGGCCAAAAAGAUGCCGACAACGAGGAUUUGCUGUAUUUGCUUGGCCUGUUUCGCCUGGUCAAGUACGACCGCCGAAUAUUUGGCAGAUUCGUCCCACGUACAGAGCUGGCGAGAUUACUGCAACGAAGCAGUCCAGCAGUCACGUAUCUCAUCAUCAGAAUACUACAGAUCCAAUUGAAAGGCGCAGAUCAUUGGUUUGAGACCACUCUCAAGCAGUAUUUAGGCGAAGACCGGCCUGGUGCUCCCCUUGACGGCCCUUGGGACGACAGAAUCAUCGACUAUCGGUUCCUGACCCUCUGGGAGCAAGAAUGCAGUGACGCGGUGUUCACUGCUAUCUCUGAGGCUCAGAGAGCGAAGGUAUCAGCGCCGUCCUCGAACAUCCGACGCAUCCCAGCGGAGUGUUUUCACUCGUCCACGACACUUGUUGGAGGCGUGCUAUUGCCCACGUUGGCCAACGGGCACUCUGAUCGAGGGUCCAGCGAGUUGGUUCAUACCUUGACUACGUCAGACAACGUAUCAUGUAUCGCACACGCCCUUAAGAGACCCGAACCUCUUCUGCUUACUGGCCUUGCUGGCUCUGGAAAGAGUUUACUAAUACGACAUGUUGCCAAGACCCUCGGCAAGCUUGGUCAAAUGAUCACUUUGCAUCUCAAUGAACAGAGUGAUGCCAAAAUCCUACUUGGCCUUCAUACCACCGGCGAUGUGCCUGGAACAUUCACUUGGAAGCCUGGAGUUCUGACCACGGCCGUGCAAGAAGGCAGAUGGGUUGUCAUCGAGGACUUAGACAAGGCUCCGAAUGAAGUCUUGGGUACCCUACUUCCACUCAUCGAAAAGAGGGAGCUCUUGAUCCCUAAUCGCAAAGAGACGAUAUAUGCUGCCGAGGGUUUCCGCAUCGUCGCUACUGUUCGUAGUUUCCGCAAUCAUCGUGGGGAAGAAAGCAAGCCACUUUCACAUAUGGUGGGAGCACGACACUGGCGGAAGCUCUCUAUCAAGAUGCCUGAGCCUUCAGAGCUGGCAGAUGUUGUCAGCAGCCUCUAUUCCGGUCUUGACAAGCUCGUCCCACAGUUCAUGGCAGUUUAUGGGCGGCUCAAUGCGGCAAGUCAACAGUCGAUCCUUGUGGGCCAGAGCAAGACAGGUGUUGCUCGCAUUAUUGGACCUCGAGAUCUGCUGAAGUGGUGCAAACGAGUUGCGACCAGCCGACAUGGUCGAUCCUCGUUCACAAGCAAAGAUAUCGAUGAUUCUUUUCUUGAAGCCGUGGAUUCAUUCUUGGGCGCACUACCAGACGACGAGGUACGAACGAUGCUGGCUUCUCACAUCGCAGAAGAGCUUUACAUCGAUCCUCAACGUAGAGACCACCUUUUGCGUGACCGGGAGCCUGAAUACAAAGCUGCCAAAGAAAGCGUACGAGCAGGACGUCAUGCGAUCUCACGGAGCAAGCAGAAGAAGAUUGUCGAAAGCUCGUUUUCAACCAAUCCACAUACCUGUCGCACACUUGAGAGUGUUUUGGCAGCUGUAGUGAACAGAGAGCCGCUAUUACUGGUCGGUGAAACGGGGGUUGGGAAAACCACAGCUGUUCAGCAUCUCGCCACUCAGUUGGGCAAGAAGCUGGUACCUUUCAACUUGUCCCAGCAGACUGAAGCUGGUGACUUGCUCGGUGGCUUCAAGCCCGUCAAUCCUCGUGCUUUGAUGGUCCCUCUGAAGGACGAAUUCGACGAGCUUUUCAGCGACAGUUUCCCGUCAGCAAAGAACGAAAAAUUCAUUGCCCUCCUGAAGAAGUCGAUGGACAAGAACAACUGGACCGGCGUGUGUAAGCUCUUUCGUACUGCGAUAGGAAUGGUCAACCAAGAGCGGGCCGCUACGCCACCGAGAGACGAGGGUGAAGCUCCAGCCAAGAAACGCAAGACAGGGAGCAAAAGGGCCAUCGACUUUGCCAAAUGGGACGUCUUCUUCCUCAGACUAGAAGCGAUGGAGCAGCGACUGAGCUCGGGCGAUAAAGCCGUAGCAUUUACGUUCAUUGAAGGCAACAUUGUCAAGGCUGUUCGGAAUGGAGACUGGGUGCUCUUAGAUGAGAUCAACUUGGCGUCUUCCGACACGCUCGAAUCGAUUGUCGAUCUGCUGGACCCGAAUCCAUUCUUGCUGCUCACAGAGUCUGGUAAUAUCGAGCGCAUCGAAGCGCAUCCAGACUUCCGCGUUUUCGCUGCGAUGAACCCUGCGACAGACGUCGGGAAGAAGGACCUUCCGCCAGGAGUUCGGUCACGCUUCACCGAGCUCUAUGUUGAAAGUCCGGAUAAGGAUGCAAAGUCGCUGGAGAGCAUCGUGCGUACAUGGCUGGGCGCUGCAGCAACUUCAGAUGUUGCAGUGGCAAGCCACGUGCGGGAGCUCUACCAAAGGAUUAUCCUGCUGUCUCAAGACAACAAGCUUGUUGAUGGUGCUGGCCAGAAGCCACAUUUCUCAUUGCGCACAUUGACGAGAACUCUCAGCUAUGCAAAGCGAAUCUCACAGAUGUGUAGUUUGAGGCGUGCCUUAUACGAAGGAUUCCAGAUGAGUUUUCUUACGUUUCUGGACGCAGAAUCCAUAUCCUUGGUGCAACCUCUGAUUGAGGAUUGUCUUUUCAGGAAGGCUAAGAUCAAUGUCAAGGCAGAGCUGCAGCGGACACUGCGCAAGCCAGAAGACGGACAUGCGUAUGUACAGGGCCAUCCCGGUAGCAAGCACUGGAUUCGCAGAGGUGCAGGCGAGCUGCAAGACCAACCACAGUACAUCAUUACGGAUUUCGUUCGCCGAAAUCUGGAGAAUCUUGUUCGAGCUUCCUCUACUCGGCAGUUCCCUGUACUGAUACAGGGACCUACAUCGGCCGGCAAAACAAGUAUGAUCGAAUAUCUUGCACAACGCACCGGGCACAAAUUCACACGUAUCAACAAUCACGAACAUACCGACUUGCAAGAGUAUCUUGGUACCUACGUUUCCGGGACAGAUGGCACUCUGCAAUUUCAGGAAGGCAUGCUCGUCAAAGCCCUUCGCGAAGGCCAUUGGAUUGUGCUGGAUGAACUGAACCUGGCGCCUACCGACGUGCUUGAAGCUCUGAAUCGGCUGCUGGAUGACAACCGCGAAUUGUUAGUGCCUGAAACCCAGGAAACAAUCCGGCCACAUCCAGAUUUCAUGCUCUUUGCCACUCAAAACCCCGCAGGACUGUAUGGUGGUCGGAAAACGCUCUCGAGGGCGUUCCGAAAUCGAUUCCUGGAACUGCAUUUCGAUGACAUUCCGAUCAGUGAGCUUCAAGAAAUCCUUCAGCGACGAACUCAGCAGCCACCCUCGCGAUGUGCUCGCAUCGUGAACGUCUAUCGAGAACUUUCGGUCAUGCGGCAAGAGAGCAGAUUGUUCGAACAGAAGAGCUUUGCGACCUUGCGUGAUCUCUUUCGCUGGGCCAUGCGACCGAAUGACACGAUUGAACAACUAGCAGUCAACGGCUACAUGUUGCUCUGCGAGCGUGUGCGUAAGCCCGAGGAGCGCGAUGCUCUUAAGACCGUCAUCGAGAAAGCCAUGAGCGAGAAGGGACCAAAGGUCAGUAUCGAUGACGACACGCUGUAUGCUCAGAACGCGCCCGAGAUUUUCCAGCACGUUCAAUCUGGCGCCGACCAUGGGGUAGUCUGGACCAAGGCCAUGCGAAGGCUUUAUGUGCUGGUAUCGCGGGCUAUUGCGAACAAUGAGCCCGUUCUGCUUGUUGGCGAGACCGGCUGUGGCAAGACCACGGUGUGCCAGAUGCUCGCUGAUGCCAUGGCUAAAGUGCUCCAUACGGUCAACGCCCACCAGAACACAGAAACCGGCGAUCUCAUCGGAUCGCAGCGACCUGUUCGCAACCGUGGUGCCGUUGAAUCCACGCUCAGGCAACAUUUGAUUGCUUCGCCAAUGCUUCAGACAUCCGAGGACGCGGCGUCUAGGUCAACGGACGAGCUCCUUAUCGACUAUGAUCGCGUCGUGAAGUCUUUGCCAAAAGACGAACGGAUAAGUUGGCAACAUAACCCUACCCACCUGGAAAUCCAACUCUGUCGUACACGCUACAACGCACUGUUCGAGUGGGCCGACGGCACUCUCGUUAAAGCGAUGCGCCAGGGUCAGUUCUUCCUGCUGGACGAAAUUUCCUUGGCCGACGACUCAGUGCUCGAACGCAUCAAUAGUGUUCUAGAGCCAUCCCGAACAAUACUGCUUGCCGAGAAGGGUAGUCUUGAUGCCUCAAUCACGGCCGCGCCGGGAUUCCAAUUCUUUGCCACGAUGAACCCUGGUGGCGACUACGGAAAGCGUGAGCUCUCGCCAGCUCUCAGGAAUCGCUUCACGGAGAUCUGGGCGCCCGCCAUGUCUGACUUAGACGAUGUGCUCCAGAUAGUGCAGGCGAAGCUUGUGGCUAUCGCUCGGCCACAUGCUCAUGCUAUGAUUCACUUCGCCAGCUGGUUCAAGAAGAGAUUCGAUACAUCAGCUAGCUCCGCAGUGUCCAUUCGGGAUACAUUGGCUUGGACACAGUUUGUCAAUUCGUUCCAGCACGCUGGGGCGCUUCCAGCUAUAACACACGGAGCUGCCAUGGUCUACAUCGACACUCUUGGAGCAAAUCCAGCAGGUCUCAUGAGCACGACGUCGUUGAGUCUGAACGAGGAACGCCAGGCCUGCUUUGCCGAACUUGGUCGCCUUUUGGGUACCGAUGCUCUUGCGUCUUACAAAGGAACCUUCGAAGUUCUCCAUGGCCCGACAACAUUCAGUAUUGGCCCAUUCCAGAUCGAGCGUUCGUCAAAUGUUGUCGAGGGCGAGGUGGCAUUCACAUUCGAUCCGCCUACCACACGAUCUAAUGCAAUGCGAAUACUCAGAGCAUUGCAAUUGUCCAAGCCAGUACUACUCGAGGGGUCUCCCGGUGUCGGCAAGACGGCACUCGUAACGGCAAUCGCAGCCGCGACCGGGACACCGCUGACAAGAAUCAAUUUAUCGGACCAGACCGACCUGAUCGAUCUGUUCGGCGCCGAUGCUCCGGUUGAAGAUGGCUUCGGAUGGCGAGAUGCGCCCUUCUUGCGUGCCAUGAAGAGUGGCGAGUGGGUUCUGCUUGACGAAAUGAAUCUCGCUUCACAAUCAGUCUUGGAGGGCCUGAAUGCUUGUCUCGAUCAUCGAGGAGAAGUCUUCGUACCUGAACUUGGCCUGUCUUUUGCUCGACACCCUCGCUUCCGGCUGUUCGCUGCCCAGAACCCCCAUCACCAAGGCGGAGGUCGCAAAGGGUUACCUGCUUCGUUCGUGAAUCGAUUUACUGUCGUCUACGCCGACACAUUCAAAGCCGAGGAUCUUCUGAUGAUCUGUCAACGCUCGUUCUCUGAGCUCGAUAUCGACUACGUCAAGAAGUCAAUCGCUUUCGUGACGCGUCUCAAUGAAGAGGUCGCUGAUCGAAGGACCUUCGGCGCCCUUGGCAGUCCAUGGGAAUUCAAUCUGCGCGACAUCACUCGAUGGUUCGCACUUGCUGCAUCCCAUGACGGUCUUCUCAGAGCUGGUACAGCUCGAGACUUUGUUGAGAUGCUGUUCAUGCAACGCUUCAGGACGCCAUUGGACAAGACGUGCGUGCGCGAGCUUUUCUGUUCGAUCUUCGAGGGCGCACAGCACCCAACCGAUCUUUUCUACAAUACCUCCACGCAAACAUUGCAGAUCGGCCUCGCCCUUUUGCCUCGAGAUACUGUGGUGGCUAACGUAUUCAAUGGGUGUUCCAGCCUCAAAGCCUCAUCGCAGCAUUUACGAGCUCUGCAGUCCAUCAUGCUAUGUGUGCAUAAGAGAUGGCCUGUCAUCCUCGCAGGUGGGUCUGGCGUUGGCAAAACGACAUUACUGGAGGGACUUGCAUCCUGUGUUGGCGCUGAUAUUGUGACGCUCGGAAUGAGCGCUGAGACUGACGCACUCGAUCUCAUCGGAGGCUACGAGCAGCAUGACCCUCACAGACGUCGAACACUCGCACUUUCCCGACUUCGGGCCCAACAUGAGCUUCUCGGCAAAGCAGCGCUCGCACAGGGGCUUGUGGCUGACUACGCUGCACUUGAGCAGGCUUUCCUGGAAGUUGAACAGAAGGCAGACGAUGCUUCGGUCUCUCGUUUGUUGAAGCUGCUGCCGGAACAGAUCGCCUUGCGACUAUCUUCUGUGCUCGAUGAGCUCAAACUCGGCCAAGAAGCAAUUGACAAGGCACGGUUCGAAUGGAUUGAAGGCCCUCUCAUCGAGGCUAUUCAAGAAGGUAAAUGGGUGGUACUUGACAAUGCUAACUUGUGCAGCCCAUCUGUUCUAGACAGACUCAAUGGUCUCAUGGAGCCCAGUGGAGUCUUGAUCGUGAACGAGCAUAGUGCUCCCGAUGGCUCCGCACAGAUCAUCAAACCUCAUCCUGGAUUCCGGAUUUUCCUGACAGUCGACCCAAAGCUCGGAGAACUGUCGCGCGCCAUGCGCAACCGCGCUGUAGAGAUCUUCCUCGCAGAUCUCCGGCCAGACACGGUUGUCCCAACCACUAUGUUGCAUCCUGAGUCGUCGAUGACCAGGUUCAGUGCCAUGAGAAAGAUUACUGCCUCGGGAGCAGAUGGCUUCACAGAAGGAUUGGCUCGCGACCAUCGCGGUCUGGCUGACGAGCAGCUUAUGCAUCGCUUCGAACGUGACACAACUCGCACUGACCCGAGCUGCAACGCAGCCGAGACAACACCAUCGUCGCUAGGAGAUCAAGUCAACGUCCAAGACCUAUACCAUGGAGUGACAAACGCAUUGCAGGCGCCUGCUGACUAUGCUCGUGUACAGACUGUACAUCCUCUCAACAACCAACCCCUUAUUCAACAAUCUCAGCAAGUCUACACGGCUGCUGUUUCACUCGCAACACGUUAUGACAUCAAUGUUCAGCUCACCGCAGUUACGGCAGCAUUGAAUCACUCCAAGGCUGAUCGCAAACUGGUUGAUCGUCUCUCUCGUUUCUGGCAAAGCGCCAGGCAGCAGACACAUUUCAGCAAUGCCAAGACAAAAGUCAAUCUGCUGGAUGUAUGUGGCAAGCUACUGCUCCCGCUGCAAGAAUGGUCGCAGCAGAGUCAUGAUCUGCCUGCGCAUGAUCUGCACGCGGUAAAGAGCGAACUAUUGAGCUUGGUCGCCUUCUGCUGGACUCUCUUGCGUGGACUGGGCUCGCCAAUGAUGGACGUCCCGACGUUGACCGCGAUCUCGAUGGUCGGACAAUCUAUCUGCCGCCAAUUACAGUCGCUCCCUGAUCUUGAGGGGACAAUUGCUCGAUUCCAGAGCGGUCUGGACGAUCUGGGGUUGGUCCCCAAUGCGCAGGCUCGACACGCGUUCAUUGCAAUGUGGCAGCAAUUCCGGCCAGCGAUGCCCAAGACAAUGGAAACCUUGCAAGCGCUGCUGUCCUUUGAAGAUGUGAUGGCAAAGUUCGACGAAGUCACCUUGAGCUUUCGCGUGCCAGUGAAACACAUUGCAGAGCUGCGUGUCCAGUUCCGACGAGCUCUCGACGUCAGCCAUUCGGCUGAUGAUCUACGCAGUCUGGCGGACAAAGCCACCCGAACAUUGCCUGCUGCUGCACUGGAUGAUGAAUUGGUCGACAAUGCUGUGACUGCGAAGCCCCACUUUGCAGCCAGCUUCGAAUCCCUCUACCAGAGACUGGUCAUUGCAAGCGAGGAAUAUGCUUCAGAUCCCAUGGGAAUGGCCAAUCUAGAAGUUCUGGCGAUGAGGAAGACAGCAAGAGGACUGGCUGGAGGCGUCGGCGCGACACCGUCACAGCUCGCCCUGAAUCACAUACGUUCGAUUUCAUCAAGCACGAGCGCGGACGACUCUAGUGAUUUCCAGAGCUUUGCAAGCCUGAAAAUCAUUCUUGGCGAUCUUGCUACCACGAAAGAGGUCAGCCUGCAGGCUUUGGGCUUGUUGGAAUCCGAGACUGGAAUCCUUGGUCACGCUGCUACCACUAGAGCGCGGCUUUUGGAAGACGAGGCCGUGAGACAUCUGAACACCAAGCUACGCAUCUUGGUAAAGUCUGUUGCACAAGCGCUGGCUCAGCAGAGCGAACUGGGCUUUCUCAGAGACCACGCAAUCAGAAUGUUACGCGAUGAAGACAUGCAAGACGCUGCGGUUCAAGCGGUCGCUUGUUGUAGUGACGAACGCGCUGCAGCGGUCUGCCGGCGGCUCAGCGAAGUGAAGAGGUAUCUUACGACGACCUCCGAACAGGCGGCUGAAAUGCAAGCAAACGCUGCUUACGCGUGGGCGUUACUUGCAAGCGCCUGCCUCGAUAUAUGCUUACCGGAGCACACCUUCGACCCAGUGCAAGAAUCGCAAGUGUCAAACACUGUCUUCCAACACACCAAAGAUAACUUGCAGGCUCAACUCAAGGCGUUGCGGUCCUACAGGCAGGCAUGGGUCGGAGAGCCAGACUCGUUACGCGCACGAAUCUUAGAAGAGCAAAUUGCAGCACUCGGUGAGGGACCAGCAGUGGUAGAGGUAUGUCGACCUGAGGUCUCUCAGCUUUCACAGCUCCAGGGUGAUCUCAAGGCUUUAUCGCGCCUCAUCUUUCCUCUGCGACAGGACACAAACCCACAGAAUUUGAACGACGCUGCGUGGAACAAUCUGACUGUCAUUCGCGACAGACUAGAUGCACAAUACCGAGCAUACGCGGAUCUCACGGCACCUGUGCUGGGAUUCGUCGACUGCUUAUUCGUGGCCCGCCGACUGUUACCGUCACCCACCCAUCAGGCUCAGGUGCAGAGCUCCCUCGCGAGAAUCGUUCCGUUCUUAAACGCAGGUAUCGACGACUGGACCAACGAGGCUUUGUUCGUCCACGCGCAAGGUCCCUGUCGGUCUAAGGAAGAGCAACUUCUGUGGCUCUCUGUCACAGCAGCGAGAUGCUCGAUCGUGCCAAUUGACAAGACUUCCCAAGAGUUCCGUACGACGCUUAACAAUACUCUGCGCUUGUUUUACGAAGCCUGGGCCAAGGAGCUCGAUCACGACCAACGUAUAGCUGCCCGCAAUUCGAGUCUGUAUCAGUUUCGUGGUACCGAUGAUGAGUCCGAGGAAGCAAUCGCAGCCGAUCUUCAGGCGCUGUUCCCAGCUUAUGAUGGAGGCAUCCAGGAAACAAAGCAGACACCUAGUGUGAAUGCUCAAGCCUUGGCUCCGAUUAUCCAGGCAAUUCAUCGAACUAUCCACACUGGGAAGGGCAUAAGUCAAGAGAUACUGCUCGAUCUACUGCAUAAAGCAGCCGAAGUGCCUGCACUACGGGACAGUCCGAGUGUCGCAGCCAUCAUCAGCGCUUUACACAGAUUGUCUACAGAGCUGUCGGCACCCAAAGUGAGCAAGAACAUCUACACCGACCCUGAUGUGGGACAAGCGAAACGACUUGCUUCACUGCUCGAAAAGAUUCAGAAGCGCUUUGAGCACAUCCACAACGCUUGGCCCGAUCAUGCAACGCCAAUCGAAGCACUUCGAGCUUGUAACACAAUCCUUGCGGUUCACUACUCAGAACCAUUGGCACGCUUCCUACCAUACAUCGAGAAACUGCACGUCAUCGUCAAUGAAUGGCAGAAAGUUGCUAGCUCCGAGUACUCUGUUUCCAGCCUGUUGGAGGAGAUCACUAGCCUGGUGGUCAGCUGGCGGCAACUUGAGUUGUCAACAUGGGCAGGACUCUUUGAUCACGAAGACAAGGCUUGUGAGAAGAAUGCUUCAUCAUGGUGGUACGUUGCGUACGAGACGAUCAUCAUCGCAGCGGAAAGCGAAGCGCAGUCUGGCGCGGCGCUCCAGAGCUUCUCCCGACAACUGCUCGAGACUCUCGCCUCAUUCCUUCAACAUUGUGGCCUGGGCGAGUUUGCCACCCGCUUGUCAAUGUUGACGUAUUUCGCAGCGGAUCUGCGGGUUAGGGCCAUGGACAACGCCUCACUCAAUCCUGUUCAUGCCGCAUUGACAAGCCUCAUCCAAUUCUAUUCGCACUUCACUGCAACCGUCUCAAGCCACCUAGCUAGUAAGCGGAGCGAGCUUGAAAAGCAAAUCAAGGAAGUGGUGCAGCUUGCUAGUUGGAAAGACCGCAACAUCGAGGCCUUGAAGAGAAGCGCGAAGAACUCGCACAAUCGACUCCUGCGCAGCGUUAAGAAGUAUCGCAUGCUGCUCGCUGAGCCAGUAGCCCCGCUCCUGCAGUCGGAAUUCCCAGCCAUGGAACGACAGCUGGACCCAGAAUCUGAGCAACUCGCAAACGUGGUUGCUGCCUUAGAGUCCACACCUGUACGUCUUGAGGCCUGGCUUGGCCGGCCUCGAGAAUUGAACGAUCUUGCAUCGGUAGCCUCUCGGAUUACUUCUCGAGCGGAGAUGGUCAAGCAUGCACUGAAGGUGACAAAGCGUCUCGAUAGGUUUCUGCAAGAAACCAACGAUGAAGCAGCGGAACUUCGCAAAGCAACACCGAGUGUUGCUACGGAGAAGAACAAGAGCGUUGUUCAACAGCUGAAAACGCGCAAGCGCCGUCUGCUCGCUGACGUUUUCCGCGAGGUUCAGGCUAUGGGGUUCCAAAGAAAUAUGGCUGAAGACGUCCUCGCACAACAGCAGUCAUUACAAGGUGUGCUGUCGAGGUCAAUGCCACUGCAAUCGAUCAGACCAACAGCAAGUGCUGCUCUUGCGGAUUAUGAGCACCACCGCUUCGCUCAUCUUAUGCCUACCGUCCGCGAGAGUACGAUCAAGCACAAUGAAGACCUUACACCUGCGGAGAUUGCUAGAGGCAAGACUCUUCUGGAGAGUAUGCUGCAUGUCACCAUCCAGCAGCGAAUCAGCAUCAGCAACGGCCUCGGCGACCUCGAAGCUUUCACGAGCGCGAUGCGGCUGCUUCGUGAAGUAGCAGAGGUAGACAACGUCCAUUCCGAGAGUGGAAUCGCUUCCGACAUUGGGCUAUGCCGUGCCAACAUCCUCGGUCUGCUUGGUAUUGCACAAACAGCAUUUCGAAUUGUGCACAUGCAAUCACAACUGGCGAGCAUAGACUACUCCGAGGUUGCAACGCAGUUAGCAACGAACAUCGAAGGGCUGCAAGGUCUGCAGAAACAAAUCUCCACUCACGCCGCCCUACCUGCUGGCAUUAGUACGCGUGUCCUCCGGAACCUCGCACAGCAGUUCAAUGCGAUAUCUGCUCAACUUCGCACUCAUAUCCAGAAUGCCAUCGCGCGACACCAAGAGCUUCAUCCUGUGUUGAAGCAUGUCGCAAGAUGGACCGCGACGGAAACCACAAAGCCGCUCACAGAUAGUGCAAAACCCAUCAGUACCGAUGACUGGGUUCAGAUGCUAGUCGGACUCAUUAGCGAUAUACAAGCGCCAUUGACUGCGAACGGUGUUGGUGUGAACGGCUCGACCCAGAAGUCCUGGCUCCUUGAUGAGCAGCAGCAUCUGCAGUCUUUUGUUCACACUCUGAAAUUAGAUGUUGCCCGGUCCAAGUUAGAGAAUCUGAUCAGCUUGCUACCAUCGCUGCAUUCAGACACGGGAGACCAGUUUGCGGCCGAACAGGAUCUGGUUCAGAUCGCAUUGGUUUGUACCAAUGUACUGCCUGUGCUGGACGCUUACGCCAACAGUGCUAGCAAUGCGCUGCUUGAUUUUGCGAAGCUUCACGCCACCACAAGCAGAGUGGCAUUCCAUCUGGCGACAUCCUUCGUGCAGCUUGCAAGACAAGGAUUCUGUACGCCAACAGAUAAGGCACAAGGCGAGGAGCAGCAGUCCGGUCAGGUUGAAAGCGGCACUGGUCUUGGCGAUGGCGAGGGUGGCGAAGACAUUAGUAAGGAUGUCGGCGCAGAUGAGGAUCUGUCUGAGUUGGCCCAGGAAGCCAAGUCGAAAGAGAAAGACGAUGACAUUGAAGCUGAAAAGGACGCCGUCGACAUGGCAGACGAAGACUUGCAGGGUGAUUUCGACGAAGGGAAUGGUUCCGAGGAGGAUGACCAACAAGAUGACAAGGAAGGCGGUGAGGACGCUGAACUUGAUGAGGAAACCGGCAAGAUCGGCGAGAACGACGACGCCGUGGAUGAGAAAACGUGGGAUGAUGGGAAGAAGGCAGAGGAGGCGGACAAGGAAGCGGACAAAGGCAAAGGAACUCGCAAUGACGAUCAAGCCGCUGCAGAGAAUGCUGAAGCCGACGACGCCCAGGACGAUGAACCAAUGGAGCAGGAAGCAGAAGCUGGCGCCGAAAUGGAUGCUGAAGCCGGGCAAAACGAGCCUGAUCAGGCCGAUCCGCACAUGCAAGAUGAGCAGAAUCUCGACCUUCCGGAGGACCUACAAAUGGAUGGAGACCGUGACGAGAUGAGUGACAUAGAGGCGGAGGAUGACAUCCCUGACGAUAUGGAUGACGCUGGGUACACUGAAGAGGAAGCAACGACAAAGCAGGACCCAGCUGAUCUUGAUGCCGAAAUGGGUGAGGAUGAUGGUGCCGAGGAGGCCGAGCAGACAGGUGAAGCCACCGCUGCCGAAGAUGAUGACCCAGGCCAGGAGAAAGAAGAAGGCGACGAUGCGAACUCUGACACAGCCAUGCUUGACAAUGAAGAUACGCAAGAGAAGCCCGACGAUGGCCUAACUUCCGCCGACGCGGGCCAAGGCCAAGAGGAGGACGUAGAUGAUGCGAAGAAUUCGGGAGCAGUAUCCAGUGCUGAGCAGCAAGAAGAUGACCACGAUGCCAAUGAGCCAAGCGAGCAGACGGGUGCAACUGAGGGAACCCAGAGGACUCAGACAAAUGAGGCUUCUGGCCAAGCAGAAACCGGCGAUGAGCAACAGCAAUCGCUCCCAUUCAAACAACUGGGUGAUGUGCUGAAGCAGUGGUACAAUCAAAAUCGAAAUAUUGAGACUGCGCAGGAACCUGAAGAGUCUCAGAAGGCUGCAGAAGAAGAGGUCGACAUGAGCGACCCACGAUUCGAGCACGUUCCGGAGAAUGUCGAUUCUGACAUGCAGGCUCUCGGAGCUGCCAGUGCUGAACAAUCAAAGGCACUUGAUGACCAGAACGCAAUCGAUGUCAACGAGCAAACCCUCGAUGAUGCUCCACUGCCCGAAGAGCAGGCAGAGUUGCCGGAAGAGGACGAAGCGCAACAAGAAGCCGAAGGCUCAGCAGCGAAGGGCGAGAACAAGGAUGGCGGAUCGAAGCAAAAUCAGACCAUGGUUGGCAAGCCCAAAGACUUGGACACUGCAAUGGAUGGUUACGCCGAUAUCGACGAACCAGAUGACAUUGAAAAUGUUGAUGAGCAGCUGGACCAGACACAUCUGUCGCAAGAGAACCCAGAAUUGAAGUCAAUCGACGACGCCCGCAAAGAGUGGACAGAUCACGAGAACAGAACCCGCAACAUGGCAAUCGUGCUCACCGAGCAUCUUCGCCUGAUUCUCCAGCCAACACAGGCCACCAAAAUGCGCGGCGACUUCCGAACUGGCAAGCGGCUCAACAUCAAGAAAAUCAUUCCCUACAUUGCUUCUUCAUACAAGCGUGAUAAGAUCUGGAUGCGUCGAUCAGUGCCAAGCAAGCGCACCUACCAGAUCAUGCUGGCAAUCGAUGACUCGCAGUCGAUGAAUGAAGACGAGAGAAAGGGCCUGGCUUUUGACACACUCGCUCUGAUCGCCAAGAGCAUGGCCAUGCUUGAAGUUGGAGAGUUGUCUGUGCUGGGCUUCGGCGAGACAGCUACGGUCGCUCACGCCUUCGACAUGCCUUUCACGUCUGAUGCUGGUGCAGAAGUCGUCAGACAAUUAACCUUCUCGCAGACCAAAACGGAUAUCAAGCGACUCCUCGAAAAGUCGAUUGAACUGUUCCGAGCUGCACGACUGAAAGCGACCGGAUCAUCUAGCAACCUCUGGCAACUGCAGCUGAUCAUUUCCGACGGACUGUGCGAUGAUCAUCCGUCAAUCCGGCAGCUUGUACGUCAAGCUCAUGAAGAGCAGAUCAUGGUCGUCUUCAUCGUCGUCGAUGCUGCAGCUCAAGAGACUACGGCUGCGGGUUCGAAGCAGAGUAUACUGGAUAUCAAUCGGGUGGAAUUCGGCAUGGACGCGAAUGGCGAAACUCAGGUGAACAUGGUCAAGUACCUGGACACAUUUCCGUUCCGCUACUACCUCAUUGUGCGGGAUGUGCUCGAGCUGCCCAAUGUCCUGGCUGGCGCUCUACGGCAGUGGUUCGCAGAAGUUGUGGGGAGUGACGGAUAGCGUCGCCAAACCUCUGCUUUUACAUAAAAAGUCACUAUCCUAGCUAUUUGUGUACUCAUACGGACGCAUGCAAAUGAAUCUCAUUCAACGAAUGUUCGAG